UAUUACUAGAUGAAAUGAAUUUAGAUACCAUGUAAAAAAACACUCUACAGAUGUUCCAUCAAAACACGUGGUGUGGUAUCCAGGCUUUACGUUUACAAUAAACAGAUUUAUUCACGCCAUUAGGGCAACAUUACAUUUAUUGCCUGCUUUUAUCUUAGAUUUGAUAUUCAGAGCCCGAGGCCACAAUCCCAUGUAAGUAUUCCUUCGAAUAAAUCAUAAAAGUAUUUUAUUUCUAAUAAUAGAUACAACAUUUUUUUCUAGAAUGUUGAAGUUAACCAAAAGAAUCGCUCCGCCAAGACGGGAAAAUAUUUUUCUACUCAUGAGUGGAUGUGGCGUGUAGAGAAUAUUAUUGCUUUAAUUGAAUUUGCAAGCGCGCACGCAAGCUGCAGAAAUAUUAACGUCAAUAUACAAGAUAUGGAUUGGGACAGGUACUUACGCCAGUACUUAUUAAAAAUCCGAACUUAUAUCUUGAAAGAUAAUUUCGACACUUUGCCUUAUGCUUGGAAUCGAUUGAACAAAUUGUACUGGAUACAUCAAUGCAUAAAAAUCUUCAGCAUAGCAGCGUUGUUAGGAAUUAUCAAAUACGCAUAAUGGUGAUAUUAUCGUGUCUGAAUCGCGAUUCGCACGAUCCAUGAAACCACAGUUAUACCAUGAAAAAAAAAUUAAGAGAAAAAGACGUAAAAUUUAAUCUUCGAAGAUUAAAGCCUGGAAACCUAGUCAAGUACCUGCAAGCGCCGGAAUUUUCAUCCAUAACCUCUCACAUCAAGUUUCAGACCCAGCAGACACCAACAAUGGGCGCAAGCACCGGCUUGACGAAAGACGAACAACUGGUAAAACUCAAAAGAACAAAAAGAUGCGAGCGACGAUGAAAGACCAAGAACGCCGGAAAAGACGAUCACGUCGAGAGUUGCGACGGUCGUGAUAACACAUGCGGUGGCCCUCACGAACAACGAGGAGGACGAGAAGGCCGAGCAACCGCUCACGCAAAGACCAACAAAUCAACAGGACGGCGAGUAGAAAUAUUAUAUUGUAACAUUUUGCACAGAGACACGGCUAGCAUGUAUUGUGUAAAAAAUAAUUGUAUUCUAUUAUAUGAUCUACCUUAAUUUCACAAUUUUUUUGCUGAUUCCAAUAUGAAAA